AUUCCAAACCGAGGCUAAGCUGUUCCCAAAUAUCCAAUAUGGCCGAGAAAACUCCAUGAGAAUUCCUGGAACAAUAUAACUCCGUUUGUAGUGCUGAAGGUGAUGUAAACAUCAAAUUUUGAAGAACUCACGCAUGGACAAUAUCCAGAAGAAAGGUGGUUCACACGGGAAGAGCUCAGAAGGAAGCUCUGCCCAACACAGAGCACAUUCACCAAAUAAUGAUCUAUCUGAAGAUGGGUAUUCAAGGGAUAGAGCCGACACCAUCUCUCAAGGUGACCUCAAAUUGCUUGAUGGGGAGAAAGUUCAAGCAACUGCAAAAGAAGUUACCUAUUUGUGUCCCUUCUCUGGACCUGUGCAUGGUAUACUUCAGAUUACCAAUUACAGGCUUCAUUUCAAGGCAGAUGAUGACCCACCCUUCACAGUAGAGGUACCUCUUGGUACUAUUUAUAGAGUAGAAAAGAUUGGUGGGACCACCAGUAGAGGAGAAAAUGCCUAUGGUUUGGAACUAUACUGCAAGGACAUGAGAAAUCUUCGAUUUGCACACAAACAAGAGAAUCACUCCAGACGACUAGUCUAUGACAAGCUUAUGAUUUAUGCAUUUCCUGCAACAAGUUCAAAGCCUUUCUUUGCCUUUACUUACAAAGAAAGAUUUGAUAACAAUGGCUGGGAUAUCUAUGAUCCAGAAAAAGAGUUUCAAAGACAGAAUGUACCUAAUGAGUGUUGGCAAAUCACAAGAAUCAAUGAGAAGUAUGAGUUGUGUGAUACCUAUCCUGCACUGUUUGCAGUUCCUGCUUCUGUUUCCGAUGAAGAUUUGAAGAAAGUUGCUACAUUGCGCAGCAGAGAGAGAAUUCCAGUACUCUCUUGGGUGCAUCCAAAGAACUCUGCUUCUAUUACUCGAGCCAGUCAGCCUAAUGCUGGACUUGUUGGAAAAACCAGAAACAAAGAUGAUGAAAAAUACUUUCAGGCCAUCCUAGAAACUAAUGCAAGAGGACAUAAACUGAUCAUCAUGGAUGCAAGGCCCAAGAUUAAUGCUCUGGCAAAUCAGGCCAAGGGAGGAGGGUAUGAGAUGCAAGAAAAUUACCAGAACACAGAACUGGUUUUCUUGGAUAUUGCAAACAUUCAUGUCAUGAGAGAAAGCUUGCGUAAACUUAAAGACAUCUGUUAUCCAACAAUUGACGAUGUUCAUUGGCUCACAAACCUAGAGAACACUCACUGGCUGGAUUACAUCAAGGUCAUUCUUUCUGGUGCAGUUAAAAUAGCUGAUGCCGUGGAUAGAUGUCGUAUCUCAGUUGUUGUGCACUGCAGUGACGGCUGGGACAGAACAUCUCAGCUCACCGCCCUUGCUAUGCUUUUGCUUGAUCCUUACUACAGAACCAUUGAAGGAUUUGAGGUUCUUAUUGAGAAAGAGUGGACAAGCUUUGGGCAUAAAUUUCAACAGCGUUAUGGCCACGGAGAUAAGAAUCACGCCGAUGACCAGCGUUCGCCGGUUUUCCUUCAGUUCAUAGAUUGUGUGUGGCAAGUCACCAAACAGUUUCCCUGUGCUUUUGAGUUCAACGAGCAUUUCUUGAUAACUGUGUUGGAUCACCUCACAAGCUGCUUGUUUGGUACUUUCUUGUACAACUCAGAGUGCCAGCGAGCCAAAGAGGACGUAAAAGUGAAGACGGUUUCUCUGUGGACCUACAUCAACACGCGACUCACGGAGUUUAAGAAUCCCCUGUAUGCUCCACAUCUCCAUCAGCAUGUUUUGUUUCCUGUUGCCAGUAUGAGAAGACUGGAUCUGUGGACUCGCUAUUACAUUCGCUGGAAUCCCACAAUGCAACCGCAGGAAUCUGAGGAGCAGAGAAGCCGCGAGUUACAUUUUCUCUGUGAGCAGCUACGCCAAAAGUGCGAGGAACUGGAGCGAGAAAUUAUGGCUCGCACAUCUGUUGAAGUACCUUCCACUCCUGAUGCCAUGUCUGUCAAUAGUAACCAAUCACAGCAGUGGGCCCAGUCCUCGGCGGUAUGAUACACGCCGGAGUAACGGCGGCGAGAAAAUAUUAGCCACUCCAGUGGGCAUCUGCCAUGGCCCGUUUAAUAUGAAUUUUAGCCUUUAUAUGUUGCUAUGAAUUCUGUCACCACUAACAUGUGGUAGAUUUUUUUUUUUGUCAAACAUAAUUCUAAUCCCAAGUUGGCGUUUUUUGGUGAAAGGUGAGAUAAAAUUGUUCAGGUUUGAACCAAGGUCUCAUUCAAAUUUAAGUUUCUUUGGAAAGAGAAAAAAUGGACAGAAAAUGAAUCAGUUAAAGUACUCUUGGUUUUUAAUAAAAUACGUUGCAUGAACGUAACAUAA